AUGGCAGCUAGACACCAAAAGGGUGCUACAGCUGAGCGGGGUCACGUGAGGACAUUUGAAAACCAAUCAAAAGUGGUCACCGUGGACUGGAAAGGUCGUCGUAAAGAACUUUACUGUGUUGCCUAUGCACAAAUUUUUCUGGUGAAAAGUGUAGAUGAAGCUUCACUUAUAAUAUGGAACCCACACGCGAAACGGAAAACCGGAACUCAGAAACUUGGGUGUCUGGAAGAGGACGGGAAUGGAGAUGUUUAA